AUGGGGGCACAAGGAUUACCUCCACAGGGUGUUUCAUGCUUUGGGUGGCAGACAAGUUGGGAUUAUUGGCUAGGUAGCAUUGGCUCAAAAGUAGCAAAAAGACUCAAGGGCUUCGGCGGCUUUAUAUCAUACAACUCAAGGACGAAGAAACCAUCAGUUUCAUAUACAUUCUAUCCAAAUGUCUUUGAACUUGCAUCUCACUGUAAUACCCUUAUCAUCUGCUGCUCGUUAAUUGAAGACACCUACCACAUGAUCAACAACUACGUCAUGAAGGCACUGGGAAAGGAUGGAAUUAUCAUUAAUAUUGGGCGCGGGGCGAUUAUUGACGAGAAGGAAUUGGUGAGAUGUUUGGUGGAAGGAAAAAUUUUUGGAGUUGGCUUGGAUGUGUUUGAGAAUGAACCUAAUGUUCCCAAAGAGCUAUUUGCAUUGGAUCAUGUUGUGAUGUUGCCUCAUAGGGCUGCCUUUACAGAGGAAUCCUUCUAUGAUGCAUAG